GCGGGAGCGCGCCCCGGAAGCGGAGUCAUGGCGGCGGCGGCGGCGGGGGCAGCGUUGCUGAUGCUGCUGAUGGCGGCGGCGCUGGCGGGGGGCGACGACUCGGACUGGGUGCGACUGCCCAGCAAGUGCGAGGUGUGCAAGUAUGUAGCCGUGGAGCUGAAAUCCGCCUUCGAGGAGACUGGCAAGACCAAGGAGGUGAUCGACACCAAGUACGGCUUCCUGGAUGGGAAGGGCUCUGCUGUCAAGUACACACAGUCGGACAUCCGGUUAAUUGAGGUGACAGAGAACAUCUGCAAGAGGCUGUUGGAUUACAACCUGCACAAGGAGAGGAGCGGCAGUAACAGAUUCGCAAAGGGCAUGUCAGAGACGUUCGAGACCCUGCACAAUCUGGUGCACAAGGGUGUCAAGGUGGUGAUGGACAUCCCCUACGAGCUGUGGAACGAGACCUCCGCUGAGGUGGCUGACCUCAAAAAGCAGUGCGAUGUGCUGGUAGAGGAGUAUGAAGAUGUGAUAGAAGAUUGGUACAGGCACCACCAGACAGAGGACCUCUCCCAGUUUCUCUGUGCCAACCACGUGCUAAAAGGAAAGGACACAAGCUGCCUGGCAGAGAAGUGGACUGGCAAGAAGGGUGAUUUGGCAAGCGUUGGGGAGAAGCAGAGCAAAAAAAAGAGCGGGAAGAAGAAAAAGGGACAGAAGGAUGAGCGCGAGGGAGCUGCCAGCCUUCCGGACACAGGGGAGGCCCUGGAGGGGGUCCAGGAGCAGGCUCCGCUCACCCACAGCCCAGCUGAUGAGCUGUAGGCACGCAGCCCCUGCCCCCGGGGCCGACCACUCCGGGGUUUCACCCCGCUGUGCCUAUGGGUACCAAAGGAAAAGGGACUUGUGAUUCGGGGGAGACCGGAGCGCCUGGCCCCGCCUUGCCAGCCUGGGUGCCAUCCCGUGCUUAGGUGUCACGGAGCCGCGGACCCAGACCUGCCACAUCCCUGCCGGGGGCUCCAGCUCUGGGAGGCCGCGAGUGCUGCCCCGCCGCCGGCUCCUCGCACGCCGCCGGGACUGUAAAUAAAGACGUUUUCCCCAGA